UUCCAGUGCACAUUCUUGGGCUCAACUCAGCUACAUGUACUUACCAUUGUAGUUUUUGUAUUGCCGUGAACCACAACAGUUACUAAAGAAUGUUAAAAUAAAUACUUUCACCAACAGUCUGACAGAUAAAAUAUGAAAAGUUUCUGUGUGGAGACGCAGCGAUGCGUCGGUAUAUUUGAAGACGACCAAGGACAUGAAGGAAGCUCUAAUAGAGGGCCGAUAUUGACAGUUGAUGAGGGACUAGGAUCUCUGAAAGAGAACUUUGAUGUUUUUUUAAAAAAAAAUGGUGACACCAACACUAGAGGUGAUGGACAGGGUCGCAGCACCACCUCCACAAGAGUGCCUACAUCAUGUAGACCAAGAAGUGGCACCUUGUCAAGAGGUGCCCAGUUCAACAGAAGUAUAGAUAGUGGAGUAGGGGGUUCAGAACCCCCUGAAGACGGCAAAGGUGGACCCCCCAUCCCUGGACAUUACAGGGAUUACGAGGGGGGAGACGAGGAGGAAACAAACCGUGAUGAGGAAGCGUGGCAGACUGCUGGAGGAGAUGCAGGUGUAAACUGCAGUAAUUGCAAUGGUCGGCCCAAAACCAUCCAGGUUUGUUUCACUGCAGAAGGUAGUUUCCCUGUGCUGAUUGCUAUUGCUGUAUACUGCAGUGAAGCGUGUGCACAGACAGAGCGAACUGGGAGUGAAAGUGUCAUCUCUGUAACUCUUUGGGACACCGAGUCAUCUUCGAUUAGACUGUGUCCCAUCUGCUACGAGUUCAAGUCGAUGCCAAUCACAAUCUGCUGGAACUGCCGAGCAUACAUGUGUGGGACAUGUAGUCGGGAUUCCAAAAAAGUGAAUAGCAAAUUUAAAUGCCCCUACCAAUGCCCGGAAGACAGUUCGAUUGUAAGAGUUCUUCUACCAGCCUGUAUUGCCGAGGCUGCGCAGUUGGUGACUAUAGACUUGGACGAGGUAGUUCCUGGUGAUCAGUUUAAUGAAGAGCGAGAGAGAUACAUCUGGCCCAGUGAUAGGUCAAGGUCAAGGCCGCUUUCGUUUGAGCACACCAACUACGUGAGCUUGCCGCCGAUGUUUGAUGAGAGUGCGGUAGACGGUGUUAUUCAGAGGAUGCCUCCGGAGCAACAGUUUAUGCGUCACAGAAGAGCCCAAUUAGAUGACGAGAACAGACGUUUGGAUGAAGCAAACUUUUUCCAAAGCCUAUUUUCUACUGAAAAUACACAUGUGGAGUCCUCCACAAUUCUCAUCUCACCUGAUCCACUAGAUGAUAGUGAUCAUGGGACUCCAUCGGAACCUCCUUCCAUAGAUUACCAACCUCCUUCUCGGGAAGUCGAAGUUGAACAGGAAAUUGAGGACCCUGGUGUAGAGGAGGAGCAAGAGGAUAAUCAGCCGCAAGAGCUGGUCCCAACCCUCGCCCCAGCUCCAAAAGAGAGUGAUGAAGAAGAAGAUGAGGAUGAAGGUGUCCUCGGUUUAAAAUGAUCCCCUGGCAGCCACUUCCCAGGUUGUAUCAUAAUUUGGGUGUGAUCCCUAAAUACACGAUAGUUUACGAUUGUAUGGCUUCCGACUGGCACCCCCGAACAAGAUAUUGACAAAAUAGGGACACCGCCAAUAUAGGGCUAGAUAGCUCAGUUGGUAGAGCGCUGGCAUGUUAAUCCGGAGGUCGUUUGUUCAACCCCCAAAAUCUUUUUAAAAUUUAACCAGUCAUUUUCCCAUGUGGUUUAUGCAUAUAAAAAAUUAUUACCAAGGAGAAUUACAUUAAAAUGUUGCGGGGUUUGCCUCCUGACGGGUUUGCAACUGACUUUAAGCGAACAUUAGACGAGGUUAACGACAAGAAACUCAACGAAAUCACUGAAAGCUUGCAGUUUGAUAUUGACAAGGUGAACGAUUAUUUUACUUGUCUCGAGAACCGGGUUAAAAGCCUAGAACUAGAGAAACCAAUGAACGCCUACGUUGAAAAAAUACUGACGAGCCAUGCCCUGCUGAUAGAAAGAAAUGAAGCAUACUCCCGUAGGAACAACGUACAAAUUUUUGGCAUUCCUGAGGUGCCAGACGACAACCCAGAGUCCCUUGUACUCGAUUUGUUCAAGCAAAAACUACAUGUUGAGUGCCAAAAGCAAGACCUGGAGCGUGUUCACCGAGUCGGAGUUCAGACUCUUAACAAUGAACAAUACUCAAAACAAUGGUUCGGAUAAGGUUAAUCCUGAUGUGGUAUACUGAUUUCUCUAAUUUAUGCAAACCUCCUACUAUGAUUCUUUUUAUGAUGCCUUUUACAUGUCUGUUAAAAAUGAUGAGACCAGGGGUAAUACUAGUUGGCAUGUUGUUAACUUGGAGUUACUUGAUUGUCCAGUUAUACAGAGAAGAGGUAGAAAAGGCUGUCAAAGCCAUGAAAAACAACAAACAACCUUGCAAAGAUGGCAUUAGGUCCGAGAUGAUCUCUUCUGCUAGUUUUAUUUGUGCAAGCCUUUUACUAAAUUAUUUAAUUUUAUUUGGAAUACAGAGCAAGUUCAGUCCUCAUGGUCUGAUUGUCUCAUAUGCCCAAUUCAUAAGAAAGGGUCACGAAGUGACUCAGGAAAUUACAGGGGCAUCACUUUAUUGAGCUGUUUAGGUAAAUUAUUUCAAACGGUUGUCAGGAACAGGUUGACCCAAUGGGCUGAUGACAUUUUAGUGGAUAACCAGACUGGUUUUAAAACAGGGUAUUGCACCAUGGACAAUGUGUUUGGUUUAAAUACUGUCAUUCAGAAAUCCUGCAGCGAAAAGAAAAAAACUAUUCAACACAAGAUAGUGACGCUUGGCGCAUGCUAAAAAACAUGCCCUCAAAGUUGAAACAAUAUCUGAUUUUUGUCAGUUAAUAAGCAAAUGCUCCUUUAGGUUUGUUACGUCUUUCAUGUGCCUUCUUCGACUUCCCCACUAGCUGGAAUUUUUUGGGGG